UCCGCUGUCGGUAGUUGUGAUCCUGAGCGCGCCGCCACGGCCAUAUGUAACGGCAGCACAUCUGCCCUGGUUUUCUUUUUCGCGUCUACCGCUGUUGCAUAGACUUCAACAUGCCCCGUGUCAAAUCUGGAGAAAAGAAAGGACCACGCAUCGAUGAUGUCGUGACCCGCGAAUACAGCGUCAACCUCCACAAGAGGUUGCACGGUGUAGGAUUCAAGAAACGUGCCCCACGUGCGAUCAAGGAAUUGCGCCUGUUCGCCAAGAAGCAAAUGGGAACAGAUGAUGUCAGAAUCGACACCAGACUUAACAAAGCCCUCUGGAGCAAAGGCAUCAGGAAUGUACCUUUCCGCAUCAGAGUACGUUUGAGCAGAAGACGUAAUGACGAUGAGGAAGCUCAAAACAAACUGUACACCCUGGUCUCAUACAUACCAGUUGCUAGCUUCAAAGGAUUACAAACUGAAAAUGUAGAUGCCAGUCAAGAUUAAUUUAAUACAUAAAUUAUUUUUAUUGAUAUCUAAAAA